GUCUCCCGGUUAUAUCAGUAAACCGUGGGUUAGGUGUAAACAGGUACUCUGCACGAAAACCAAUUAUUUUUCACUUGAAUAAUUAAUGUUUAUCAAUAAUGAACAUUGUCAAAUCUCUGGUACGACGUAACGUUGGAUUUGAAUCGAUUCGAGAUUAUGACCUGGCAUUAUUCCGACUUAAGUGCCACCAGGACGACAUUUAUCGAGGAAUAACUCCAAACACAGACGCCCCAGACUUCAAUCCAGAACCACCUGUAUUCGCUUGCCGAUUUUGUCCGAAUCCGGGAUAUGAACAAAUUCUUGCUCUUGCCAAUGAGGAUGGAAAAAUUGCACUACAAGAUAUAUUGGUCAAGGGAGAAGCCAACCAAGCUCUUGAUGGAACGCAAGCCCACUGUAACGCGAUAUUUGACAUAGCCUGGAUGCCGAACGAACUGAAACUAGUAACAGCUUCUGGAGACCAAACAGCCCGCCUCUGGGACGUCUCUACUCAGGAUAUAACUCAAAUCGACUGCUUCAGUGCUCACAGUCGAAGCGUGAAAACCGUUGUAUUUCGUCCCCAAGAUAAAGCAGUUUUUGGGACAGGUGCUCGAGACGGAGCAAUAAUGGUCUGGGAUAUUCGAGCCUCACACAACGGCCAACGCCGCCCUGACAAUUGCAUCAUGAACGGUCACGUCAGUGGCAUCAAGUCCCGACACCGCGGUAAUGAGGAAUCCUCUCGAACCCAGAGCAUAACAGGUCUCACUUUCCAGGACGACAUGACACUGAUCUCGGGCGCAGCAGGAGACGGCUUGAUUAAAGUUUGGGAUUUACGAAAAAAUUACUCAGUACAUAAGAAAGAACCCCAGCCCAAACACAUUAUGCAGUACACUGGAGGCAGCACUCGAAAUGGCUUUACUUCGCUUCUCGUUGAUCCGGGUGGAAUAACACUUUAUGCUUCGUGCAUGGACAACAACAUCUACGCUUAUAACAUAUCCUCAUAUAACCCCAGACCUUGCAGUGAAUUCUAUGGCCACGAGAAUUCUACAUUCUACGUCAAGAUCUGCCUGAGUCCCGAUGGAAAAUACCUGGCCAGUGGUUCAAGUGAUGAACAGGCCUAUAUCUGGAAGACGAGCAAACCUGGGGGACCCCUAGUAAAACUCUCUGGACACACAAAAGAAGUGACUUGUGUCGCUUGGUGCAAUGUUGGCGAUCUAAAGAUUGUCACGUGCUCUGAUGACAGCUGCCACAGAAUCUGGAGGGUUGGCCUGGAACACAAGAGUGACAACGAUGAUAUGGAAAUUAUUGGAAGAGCUGAGAAAGUUGAUGUUAAUUCCACGAGGCAGUCUGUUCUCGAGACGACACCAACGGUUUCUAGGAGAUGUGUUAGACAAGAGCAUACCCCGUCUGAUGGCACCCCAGGACCUGACACGGAUCAAAGAAUUCGGAAUCUGAGCUCCGGCAAGAGAACAAGGACUCAGAUGCUCGCUGGGGGCUCUUGGACUGAUCCAAAAUUAAAAACUGUUCUUUCUCCCAUUGAGGAGAAUUUGGAGCCAUCUACGAAGCGGGUUAAUCUUGAAAACAGAAGUGCUAGGAGAUUAUUCAGUCCUUCAAGCUCUAGGGCUACUGAAGCUGGACCUUCCUUCGACACAACUCUUUUCUCUCCCACUUUAAAUCUACCUAAUUUCGUUAUUGAUGGGACUGCUCCACAUCUUGUUCAAAUGUCCCCGCAGAAAUGCAAGGAGAAUGUGGAUUGGUUGACGAAAAUAAGAAAGGAGAGGUUUGAGCAGCGGAGUAAACCCGAAGACAAGGUACAGAGCCCGGUGGCACAGCUUACCCCAGCCAGAAGAAGCACCAGGUCCAAGUCUGCCGAGCCCAGGAGGGUCAAAGGACCUUCAGUGUCAUUGUUAAAUUUUUUUAGGCUGGGAAGAGAGUGCGAUAAGGAUGUGUGCGGGGAAGGGAGUGGUGUGAGGUCUCAGAGACGAGAUUCUGUGGAUUAAGAGGAAAGUUUGAUGUAAGGAAUGGUUGCAAGGGGUUUGAUCAGUUCAGGAUGGCUUUAUUAAGGAUCAUACUGAUUUCGCCAGGGAGAGAAGGGGCAUUUGACAAAUUCAUACCGAAAUGGUGAAAUGACAUGAGACAAUUUCAUUUAGAUUUUAGUUUAUACUCGAUAUUCAGGGAGUGAACGUAAUCGGGUUAUUUUCCGGGACCAGUCUUUUACAGUUUCCAUUCUUUUAAGCCACUGAAACUUCAAGUAAUUUGCUUUCCUUAAUUCAGUGAAAUUGGAAAUAUCGAAAAAUCAAAAACGUGAUGGGAGCAUGAGAUUAUUUUGGCGAUGACAGGUUUUUGGAGAAAUUAUUUUUGUGUUGAAAGUAUGUCAGUUGUCAAUGAGGUUGAUUGCAACUUUCAUAUCACACAUUGAAAAAAUUGAAUAAAAAUUUCUAAGGCAGUUGUCAGGAAAUUGCCCUAGUUUUUGACAUAAUUUUGGUUAGAUAAAUUUGGCAUUUUUAAUAAUAAGAAAAGUUUUUGAAGUUUGUCACAUUGCCUUUUACUUCCAGAAGAAAAAUAUAGAAAGUCCAAGCCAGAAAAUGUCUACAAGCAGUAUCUCCAAAGACAUUUUUGAGAAAAACCUGAAUCUGUUAAUUUUUUCUAUAUAAUAUUUUAAACUCAAUAUUUGCGUAUUUAAAAAGAGAAAAGCAGUCACGGAUUUCUUUCAAGGAAUUUGCGGAAAGACUUUUAUUUAACAAUGGGAGUCCAAUUUUAUAUGAUUUUUUUAAAUUGAUGAGUAACUCACGUUUGAAGCAAUAUUUGGUUGAGAGUUAGCUUUAAAGAUGGAAAUGUUAGCAUGUCUUUGUCAUAAUUUCUGUAUGCUUAGAUGGAUGAAGAAACUGAAGAAUGGGCAAAUGUUUUGAUCGUUCAUCAAAUUCGAACAUCACUUGGACAUAUUUUUAUAUUCCUAUGCCACUGUUGCAGUUAAUGGAUAGUCUUUUCACUAUUGUAUGAUACAAUUUAUUAUGAGUAUUCAACUGGCGAAAGAUCUAUAGAUUGGAGGAAUGGCGUAGAGAAGAAGUGAAACCUGAGAAGUGGAAUCAUCUAGGCAAAGAAUAACAAGACAAAAAUGUUAAGAAAAAAAUUCUUAGAACAUUCACAAAAACAUAUUUUGGUAUGAACAAACAGAUUCUUCCAAAUAAUUACACGAUAUCGGUUGAAGAUUUCAUUACAAUCAUUUCCUUCAUUCUGCUUCUCAUGAUUUCUUUGGGUAGCCAUAUGACAUAUAAUAAAAAUUCGAAAAUCCGAACAAAAGAACAGAAAAAUAUUAAUUUGGGUUAUUGCAAUGACGUUUGUGACCGUGCAACUAACACGAGGAGUAAAAGUCAUCAGCCACAGAAAUAAAAAAUGCUUGCAUUCCGAAGCGAAAAAACGUCAUUGCCAUAAACCGCCAAUCUACUAUAAUGUGUGUUAGACGUGAGCUCUUUUUUUAAUUAUAUGUCUUUGGGGUACAGUUGGUAGUCACGCAGUGCCUUAGUAUUAGCAUCGCAUAUUCAAUAUGAGCCUCCAUGGAAUCGAUCUUUUUAUGAAAGCGCUUUCAACGUGUUUAUUUCAACUUGUCAACUUUCAACUGUUAUUCAAGUCAAGUAUUUUUUACUCAGAUGUAAAUUAUUUUUUGUACUUAAAUUUUUAUAUAAUUUGGAAA